AUGUCUCGCGACGACUCGCCACUUGUACGCGAUGUAUCUCCAGAUGAGGGCUACACAUACAUGCAUCGCGCCUUCUUCCAGGCUUUUCUUACCCACAGCGUCAUGACCGUCGAAGAGAUCAAGCCAGUCCUAGCACACGUAAUGACCGCCCACAAUCCCGAGCGCCCAUGGACCGCCGGCGACGUAACCCAACCGCACCUCACCUCAACCAUCCAAACGAUAAACGCCCGAAUUGAACACUACGACUUCGAAAUCCGCAGCAUGAAAGACCAACACACCAAACUCACCGUCUACGCGCUCGUCAACAAAACCUCAGACUCCCUCACACAACUCGCUACAAAAUUCUCCGCCUCCGAAAUCGCAUACAUCCGCCGUCUGCUCGACUACAUGUUCGAAACCAACAACACACACACGCGCGAGGUCAUGGCUAUCAAACACACGGAAGCUAGUCAAUUAGCUCGCAUCAGGCGCGCGCGGCAAAGCCAGGUCAACGGCGAGGAGGCCGAGAGUCAAGCGCAGGAUGCAGGCAUAUCGAUCCAAGAAGCCGACGAAGUCCUCAUCACGCUGCAGAACGAGGGCUUCUUCCAGAAAUCGCCUGCAUCGUAUUACUCCCUCGCACCCCGCGCGCUGAUGGAGCUACGCGCCUAUCUCAAGGAAACAUACAACGAGCCCGCGUCAUCGCCGGCGGCAGACGACGCUGUCAUACGUAUACGCGACUGUGAGGGGUGUAGGGAAAUUGUCACGCAUGGCGUGCGGUGUAAUGACAAAGACUGCGGUGUGAGGUGGCAUGAUGCGUGUGCGAAUAGUUAUUAUCGGAAUAGAAAGGGCGGGAAUAGGAAGUGUCCGAAGUGUGGGACGGAGUGUUCGGGGGAUGUGUAUGUUGGCGAGAGGGCGGAUAAGGUUGUGGCGAGGAGUAGUACGGGAGCGAGGAGGAGUGCGAUGCAUGAGGAGGCAGAGGAAGAGGAGGAAGAGGAGUGA